UCCUUCUAAUGUUACAAAAAACUUUCCACUACGAAACAAUUAUAUCUUUAAUUCUUUACGAAUAUUGAUUACCGAACACCUACGAUGAAAGAGUCACCCGAUAGCUUAUAUCCGGAUCUACUCGUACAAUAAUUAGAGAGAAAAAAUUAAAAAAUUACCUAAAAAGAACUUUAAAUACGUAGGUAUUCGUACUAGGUACACAUUUUCUGGAACUUAUAUUGUUACCUACGUAAUUAGAUCGUCAUACCUACUUCUGCUAUGAAGAAGGUGGUUAAUGAAUAAAAAAGUAAUUUUACACGUAAAACAAAGAAGAAUGCUUAUCACAAAAUUUAACACUAAAAAAACAUCGUUUAUAUAAACUCAAUUGUGUACGAUUCGAGAUAUUAGACCGGCGUGAAAAUUAAUUGCACAGAAAGUACCUAGACCUACAUACACGUACCUCUUAAAAUCACUCUAAGAAAUGUGACAUGAAGAAGUUCAAUUCUAUUCAACAAAAUGUUACCAAAUCAGCAGAUGCAGAAUCAAAACGGAAAAGUACGAAGCAACGUUACACCUUCGAUAUGGUUUUCGAAACGUUUUUUCGUCGCCAUUGUGAUGUUUCUAUGUUAUGCAAAUACAAAUAUGGUAAUGAUUAAUAUCAACAUAGCCAUCGUUGAGAUGGUAUCAGAUAAAGUGAUCGUAUCAGGAAACCAGACCACCGUACAACCAGCUGAAUUCCAAUGGGAUCCAUUCGCAGUCAGUAUAAUUUCGAGUAUAUAUUUCUACGGAGGAUUGUUCUCUGUUUUCGGAGGAUAUUUUGUACAGAAAAUGGGAGGUUCGGUGAGCGGUGCUUUUGCCAUGACCAUCUCUGGCUUAUUGACCAUGUUACAACCAGCAGCAUUAUACCUGGAUUUUCGAGUGUUUUUGACAUUUCGCUUAUUAAACGGUUUUUUUGCGAAUUGCUUCUUCUUAAGCGCAGCUGAAAUAUACUCGCGAUGGAUUCCAAGAAAAGAAAGAUCUACGUUAAUUUCAUUCAGCUACAUGGGAAUAAAUUUUAGUUCAGUGAUCUCCUAUCCUCUAUUCGGAUACAUGGCUGACCGAUUAGGCUGGCAAAUGGUAUUUUACGUUUCAGGUAUGAUAUCGAUAGCUUCAUCUUUACUUUGCUUCAUUAUCGUGAAAAAUCAACCAUCUCAAGACAAAUGGAUUUCUACGGAGGAGCUUCGUUAUAUCCUUGAUGGAAUUGACAAUCGUAGUACUUCGAAAACAAUUUCUCAUCCUUACAAAAAAAUUUUAUCAUCAGGGGCUGUUUGGACACUGUGUCUAGCAAAGUUUUCAUUAUUAUGGCAAGAGAAUAUUACAAGCGGAUGUUUACCUUUGUACAUAAAAGAUAUGACUGGAAAAAGUACCGAUCAAAUUGGCGUCCUUUCAUCAAUUCCAAAAAUUUCCACAAUCGUUAUAUAUCCACUUGCCGGAGCAUUGCUGGAUUAUUGGAAAAAUAACACUGGAAUUCAGCUAACUCGAAUGCACAAAAUAGUGAUCACUUUUUCAUUCCUCUUGGCCAGCGUCUUAUUUACGUUAUCGGCAUUUUUUUCCAAUUUCAUCAUUACUUUGAUCAUCUUCACUGCGAUACAAAUCAUUGGGUCAAUGGCGCCUCCAGUUAUUGAACCAAACAUGGUGAAUAUUGCUCCAAAUGACUCGUGCGUUGUAACCGGACUAUGUAAGGUUUUCGCAUCGCUCAGCAUGCUUAUUUCGAGAACAUUAACAGGUCUCAUGACCAUCAAUCACAGUCUACAAGAAUGGAAUAACUGUUUUCUUUUGACAUCGGUCGUUUUAAUAAUUGGUACUGCGAUAUUCAACAUGUAUGGAUCAAGUGAAGCUCAGUCGUGGUCUCUGUCAUCAGACGGUCAAGAAGAACGUGAUCAUUUGAUAAACAAUAAGAACCGAAAUCAAAAAUAGGAUAAUUCGAUGUUACGAUCUCUUAUGUGAAAAAUCAAAUAAAUGCAUCAGUAA